CGUUAUGAAAAUAAUUCCCAAUCUACGUUAGUUUGGGCCAUCACCGCUGUCGACGAAGACAGUGAUUGCAUCACUGUUGUCGACGAAGACAGUGAUUGCAUCACCGCUUUCGACGAAGACAGUGAUUGCAUCACCGCUGUCGACGAAGACAGUGAUUGCAUCACUGCAGUACACGGCCGCGGUGAAGGCCUGACCUGCGUCGAAACUUGAAACAAACGUAACUUUGUGCUCGGUUAUCCGAUCGUAGCAAAAUUUUUUUUGAUUCCGCAUAAUUUUUCGAGAUCUUGCAAGUCGCAAAUGGCCAUAGGAGGUUUGGUCCCGCCUUCGUCUCGAAAAUAUGUCGUUUGCUACCCCGAACGAGCCUUUUUUCGAUUUCGUCAAACUUUGAAUGACCAUAACUUUGUGCUCCACAAUCCGAAAAUCAUGAAUUUUUUUUUGAUUUCGCAUAAAUUUUUAAGGACUAAAAUAUUUAGUAGGAGAGAAUUUUCAAAAAAUGAAUUAUUUAUGGAUAUAAGGGGUUUUGGGAAUAACUUUACCUUCCUUUUCAGGAAUCCAAGUACAUUCCGAAAAUAUGUCUAUGAUAAAAAUUGUAGUCCUUAAAAUGUUAUGCGAAAUAAAAAAAAAUCAUGAUUUUCGGAUUGUGGAGCACAAAGUUAUGGUCAUUCAAAGUUUGACGAAAUCGAAAAAAGGCUCGUUCGGGGUAGCAAACGACAUAUUUUCGAGACGAAGGCGGGACCAAACCGCCUAUGGCCAUUUGUGGCUUGCAAGAUCUCGAAAAAUUAUGCGGAAUAAAAAAAAAUUGCUACGAUCGGAUAACCGAGCACAAAGUUACGUUUGUUUAAAGUUUCGAUGCAGGUCAGGCCUUCACCGCGGCCGUGUACUGCAGUGAUGCAAUCACUGUCUUCGUCGACAGCGGUGAUGCAAUCACUGUCUUCGUCGACAACAGUGAUGCAAUCACUGUCUUCGUCGACAACAGUGAUGCAAUCACUGUCUUCGUCGACAGCGGUGAUGGCUCAAACUAACGUAGAUUGGGAAUUAUUUUCAUAACGUGUGUAUUUUGAGAAUUUUUUUUAAAAACAUGUGUAACUUGGGAUUUUUUCCGUUUACUUCAGUCAAACUUUAACUGAGAUUCCUUUACCAUUCGCAGCACAGUGCUACUUUUUCCAUUUUUUUAUGGUUUACUACAGAGCUCCUUCUUUUCCUGUUCUUGUCCUUUUAUUUUAGUCUGCCCAAGAAAUUUCUGUAUAGUGGCUAUAUUUAGUUCUCAUUCUAUUCAAAUAGUAAACAAAUUGAAGGCCAAUAAUUCACAAUCUCAAGGAAAAAUUUCCUUUUCUUUUCAUUAUUUUUCUGCCUGUGUGAUUUUGUAUAUUGUACAUUUGUACUGCUAAUCUUUCUCUUCUCUGUUUCCAGCGAUUUGAAACAGUGCAAAAGGAUGCUCCUCCUGCUCCCCUGACCUCUCUCUGCAUCUCUGCACAUUUUCAGAGAAAAGAGUGAAGUCCCCAAACACCAAAAAACCAGAAACCGAAACCCUCUUUACCCUCUUUCCUUUCAAUUUCCUUUCUUCUCGAGAAAUUCAAACCACAAACCCAAAAGGCAGCAACUUGUAGACUGUAGUAGUAGUAACCAUUAGCCAAAAUUUACUGACCAGCUCAGCUCCAUCUCAAAUUUUCAAUCUUUUCUCCAAACCCACCUCCUCAAUCCUUCUUCAAGACCUCCAAACCCCACCACCAUGAUACGAUAGAACAGAGAAGAAAAGGGAAGAAUUUGUUUUCCGAAAAUGGGUUUCCCCUCGAAACCCUUGUUCUACAUUCUCCAUCUCCCUCCCAUCUUCCUCUUCCUCCUCCUCUUCUCCACCAACCCAACUCAAUCCGCUCCAGAUUACACCUCCCUAGUCUACAAGGGCUGCUCAAAGGAAGCUUUCCAAGAUCCAACCGGCCUCUACUCACAAGCCCUCUCUGCCCUCUUCGGCACUCUAGUCCAACAAUCCACAAAAUCCAAAUUCUUCAAAACCACCACGGGGACAGGCCAGACCACAAUCACCGGCCUCUUCCAGUGCAGAGGCGACCUCUCAAUCGGCGACUGCUACAAAUGCGUGAGCGGCCUCCCCGUCUUGACCGACAAAAUGUGUGGCAAGGCCAUUGCUGCCCGCGUCCAGCUCUUCGGCUGCUACAUUCUCUACGAGGUUGCUGGGUUCACUCAGGUCUCAGGGAUGGAGAUGCUGUUCAAGACCUGCGGCCGCUCCACCGCCGCCGGGAGUGGGUUUGAGGAGAGAAGGGACACUGCGUUGUCUGUUCUUGCUAAUGGGGUUGCUAGUGGACAUGGAUUCUUCACAACGAGCUACCAAUCGAUGUAUGUUUUGGGGCAGUGCGAGGGAGAUAUUGGGGAUUCGGAUUGUGGGGAGUGUGCCAAGAGUGCUGUACAGAGAGCUCAGGUGGAGUGUGGGAAUGCAAUCUCUGGCCAAAUCUAUCUUCACAAGUGCUUCAUUAGUUAUAGCUAUUAUCCCAAUGGGGUUCCCAGGAGGUCUUCGUCAUCUUAUGGUUCACCUUCAUCAGGGACAGGGCAGAACACAGGGAGGACGGUGGCUAUAAUAUUAGGAGGGGCAGCAGGAGUGGGGUUCUUGGUGAUCUUCCUCAUGUUUGCAAGAAAUCUGCUGAAGAAACAUGAUGAUUAUUGAGAAACAAAAAAAAAAAAAAAAGGGAGGCUGGUGGUGGUGAAUAAGGGGAGCAGGCUUCAACAAUUCUUUUGUUUUUGGAAGAAGCUUGGUGGGAUUGGUUCUUGUGGUGGAGAGGGGGAGGAUGCACAAGUUUUUGUAGAGUUAGGAUUGAGUUAUCAUCAAUUGAAAGGGGAAGGGUGAGUUUUAUGUGAAGGGAGGAAGCAAAUUAGGCCAUGGGAAUUACAAAACAAAGCAAAAGAAUGUCUGUGGUAAUAUUGAAUAUAUUUUUAUUAGAGAGGGACUUGGGUAAUGGAGUUUUUUGCAGCAUCAAGAAAAGAGAGGCAUAUGGGUGGUGGAGAAAGAGGAGGAUGCUUGUUUUGUUGUCUCUUCUCUUUGCUCUUUUUCUCCAAACAGACUGAUGCUGUUCUGUUUUGCUUCAUGGCUUCCUUUCUCUGUCUAUUCUUUUCUUUUCUUUUUUUUCUUCCCCUCCCACAUCUCCUUCGCUAUGCUUUUCUUCUCUCAGAAAAGUUGUAAACAGGAAAACCCACUUUUCCUUCCUUCCCCUCCCUCCCCUGCAUCUACUACAGAAACAAGAUGUCAUCAAUCAAUCAAAUGCAUACAUGAACUGCUAUUUGGUACCCAAUUAACACAACGUGAUUUCGUCAAAGACGACGACGAAUUUCGAUCCAUGAAUGCUCAACCGAGUGGUUAAGAUGAAUCUACAGCACCUGUUAGCAUAACGUUCCAUAACGUUCCCACCCUUGGCCUUUUUCCUAACUUUCACCACCAAACCAAACCUGGCCUGGCCUCUUGCUGUUUACCUUCCAAAAUUUUCCUACAGCUGUUUUUUUCUUGACUGCAAAUUUGAAUAUGGAAACUGUGAUGAUUACUAAUUGUUCAUCUGUUUGUAUAACGAAAUCUUGCUUGCAUUACAAGAUCAGCUUUUUUUAGCUUGAUACUAUAUUCUUUCAGAAAGGAAGGUUAUUGACAAGGCGCAUCUAGUGUAGUGGUAUCAUAGUACCCUCCCACGGUACUGACCGGGGUUCGAUUCCCCGGAUGUGCAAAUUUUUUUCUUCCAUGUAUCCAUUUUUCCAUGUACCAGGGUUUCAAUACUAUCUGAUCUGGUUUGAUUCAUUGCACUCUCCUUUUGAACAUUUGUAAGGGAGUGUAAAGAGGGAGAGUAAAUGCACUGUUUCAACUCCCUUCUGAAAUUGGGGUACAAAUGCACCAUCCUACAUUCUCGUCCAAACAACAAUACAGCUCAACUUGUACCUUGCAUGCUCGAACUUGAACCCCGCCUAUUUUGCCAUUUUCUUCCAUGUAUCCAUUUUUCCAUGUACCAGGGUUUCAAUACUAUCUGAUCUGGUUUGAUUCAUUGCACUCUCCUUUUGAACAUUUGUAAGGGAGUGUAAAGAGGGAGAGUAAAUGCACUGUUUCAAC